UCCAAAUAAGUUUUUCAAUCGGAAUGAAGUUGUUGGGGAUUCUGCUAUUGGGAGUGAUUGCCUCCGCGUCGGCUUUCGAGAAGUCGGUGUUCUGGAAGGACGUGCCCGUGGGCAAGGACUCCAUUGAGGGGCGCAUCACCAUGGGCUAUCCGGCCCAAGAGGGCAAGGUCCCUUAUAUUGUGGGUCUGGGCUUCAGCAAGAAUGGCGGCGGCACCUGGUGCGGUGGCUCCAUCAUUGGAAACACCUGGGUCAUGACCGCCAAGCACUGCACCGAUGGCAUGGAGUCGGUGACCAUCUACUACGGCGCCCUGUGGCGUCUCCAGGCCCAGUACACCCAUUGGGUGGGACGCAACGACUUCAUCGAGCAUGGAUCCGGUGACAUCUCUCUGAUCCGCACACCGCACGUGGACUUCUGGUCGCUGGUCAACAAGGUGGAGCUGCCCCGCUACGAUGAUCGCUACAACAACUAUCAGGGCUGGUGGGCUCUGGUCUCUGGCUGGGGCAAGACCUCCGAUGAUGUUGGCGUCUCUGAGUACUUGAACUGCGUGGAUGUCCAGAUCGGUGCGAACUCUGUGUGCGAGAACUACUACGGCAGCUUCUCGGGCGAUCUGAUCUGCAUUCCCACGCCCGAGAACAAGGGCACCUGCAGCGGCGACUCUGGCGGUCCUCUGGUCAUCCACGACGGCAAUCGCCAGGUGGGCAUCGUGUCCUUUGGCUCCUCCGCCGGCUGCUUGUCCAAUGGUCCCAAGGGCAUGGUGCGUGUCACCAGCUACCUGGACUGGAUUCGUGACCACACUGGAAUCUCUUAUUAAGAGAAAAUUUCUUUCAAGAAUUAAAUUGAUUUUGUGAAUAUUA